AUGGAGCGCACACUGUUCGAGACCUUUGAAACUCAGCCAGGUGACCUCGCUUUUACUCUACUGCAGGGCUCACCAUCGCAUAACAUAGGCAUGUUCCACCUUACUCCUCCUCCAAGCUCUGCCAGUGGGUGUAGUCCUGCCUAUGAGUACAGGGCUACCACACGUAGUCGCAGUGUUACUACAAAGAAAUUCCAGCGGGAUAUCACUCCAACAAAUACUCGUCGGGCCCGAGCAUUCAAAAGAACUAGGCGCCAUCGGUCAUCAUCAUGUGACACCGCCUAUGAUUUGUCAGAUGACAUACAUGCACCUGCAUCCCUUCCCCCCAUAGUCCAUCAUCUAUCACUCUAUGUGAACUGUGUGAGAAGAAAAUUCAAGCCCUACAAUAGGGAUGCUCCCACUAUGUGGGCCCUCCAAUUCGCUGAAGGUUACCUUACCCCAGGGAACACCAAUACGAGUCCCACAGAUAUUCAGAGGGGCAAGCAUCAAUUAUGUUGUGGCUUGAGACACCUGUCCCAUGAGGCUAUGGCUCAAGCCGUCCUCACGAAGGAAGCUGAUGUUGAGUCGAGACGCCUGAGUGCCAUGGCAACGGCUUGGCAAAUCGAGGCAUCUGAGCGACACACAAAGUUCCUUCACAUGUUUCUUGAGUGUGAUGCUGAUACAUAUGCUAGCGCCGCUUCAGAGCGUCUCGACUCAUCAGUUCAAGCUCUCGUUAACUGCAGUAAGGAGGAGCUUCAAAACCACAUGGACUUUGGUGCCGUCGCAUAUAAACAUGACGUGAUGUCUUUCGCUGUUGUGAACGAACAGCUCACUGACAUGGAGGGUUAUGCUGUUGAGCAUUAUCAGUCCAAAGAUGUUCAUGCAGGAGGUGGCAAGCAAGCGCUUCCCAUCGACUCUGGUGAUAUUUCAGAUGAAGGGGGUCCAGAGUCUGUGCAUGAAUCCACAGAGAACUCUGAGUCGGACAGCUGA